UUUUUAUUUUUUAUUGCCUUGUAUCAUCCUUUCACUUCGUUAUAAUUUAAAUUUUUUAUAAUAAUUAAUCAAGUUCUUGAAUUUAUUCCUUUGCUUGGACUAGAGUAACUUCAGUAAAUUAAAAUCAUUUUGUGUAAUCUAAAGGCCAAGCAAUUUUUUUCGUAUAACUAGCUUUUUACGUUAUUUAAAAGUUUAUUUUCCUUUUUUGGUUACAUUCAUAUUUUUCAACAAUGUCUCUCACUGCUGACCAAAGCAAGCGUGUUGCAUACAUUCAACAAAAAUAUAAGUCACUCGAAUCUCAAAUAACGAGAGUCGAAACUUAUGUCAAGGGUGCCAACCCAGAGGCAACCAAUGCGAAGUUAAGGUUGGAUAUUUUGUCUUCAUUACACAAGGAGUACAUGAAGUACAAUGAUGAACUUUCCCAGUUAGAUCCCGACAAUCCUUCGAUAGGUUCGUUUCCCGAUCUCUCUGAUCGUUAUUUUGAGGUUGGCGCUGCUGUUGAGAAACUUCAACGGAGUGUUGAUCCGCCAAUCCCAAUUGCGAAUUCCACUCUGAAUGCGAGUACAAUCGUUCUCGCGGAGCAUCAGGCUCUUCCCAAAAUUCCUCAGGUAUCACUGCCUAUGUUUGACGGUAAUCGUGAAACUUGGUCCCAUUUCAAGAGCAAAUUCACCACGCUCGUUCAUACUCGUACGGACAUAUCGGAUGCCGUGAAGGCCGGUCAGUUGUUUUCUCUGCUCACAGGAGCGGCUUUAGCAAAGGUGUCCCAUUACGAUCCGUGUGAAGCCGAUUAUCAGAAGGCUUGGACCAGUCUUCUCAGUUUUUACGAUCAAAAGCGUAUCGUCGCAAAUCAACAUUUAGAUGCUCUGUUAGAUCUUCCUCGCUUGCAGAAGGCGUGCGAUGAGGAUUUGUCAUCUUUGGUGGACAACGUUCGCCAACGUCUCAAUAUUCUUGAGCGCUUGGGAAGAGCGCCUAGCGAAGAUUUAGUUGUUAGGAUAAUAGAGAGGUGUCUACCUCCUGCAGUUUCUAGUAGAUGGCAAGAUAGACUAGAACCCAAUGCUUUCCCUAAGUUGGACGAUCUUCUCAAGUUUAUUGACAAUACAGUGUUCAAACUGCAAUCUCUGCAUGGCACUUUUUCGACUGCUCCCAAUAGCAGAAAACGUUCUGGGGAAGCCGUUCCGCAAUCGCAUUCUAAGAACCCGAAACAGAACGCUCGUUCUCUGGUCACUUCUGGAGUGUCUUCAACUUCUCAAGCUUCUCAAAUCACUUGUCCAAAAUGCAAGGGCGAACACAAUUUAUUCAGAUGUGUUGAUUUUGAGAAGCUGUCCGUUUCAGAACGAUGGAAAUUCGUAAACAGCAAUAAGGUGUGCCGCAAUUGUCUCGGAAAACAUCCUUUUCCAUGCAAGAGUGAACACCGUUGCAAGAAGUGUUCGAAGGCUCAUCACACAAAACUCCACAAUGAUAAGGGUUCUGGAUCGCAGUCGUCGAAGGCGCCAGAGGCGUCAAAGACUUCUGAAUCUUCAACUAAAGAGGUUCCUAAUUCUUCGAAUCCUCAAUCAUGACUCCAUGGAUACACAUAUACUUCUGUUGCUUUUCCCAUGGACUCUCAAUUGAUGACAACUGCUGUUGUCAAGAUUCAAGAUUUUCGAGGAAAUUUUAUCGUGGCACGUGCUCUGCUUGAUACCUGUUCCAACGUAAAUCUAGUUUCAGAAAAAUUUGCUAAAAAAUUAAAUUUAAUAGAACAUUCUUGCCUCGUUAACAUAGGAGCAGUUGACCAACUGUGCACUGUUUCAAAGAGUCAAAUUUCAACUACUUUGCAAUCGAGUUAUAACAAAUUUCAAGCUAAUUUACACCUUUUGCUAGUUCCGAAUAUCGCAGAAGCCGUGCCUAACGAAGCUUUUCCUCGCGAUCGUUUUGACAUCCCGAAACAUAUUCAACUCGCCGAUCCUCAGUUUCAUUUGCCUAAACCCAUCGAUCUGCUCCUUGCUUCUAAAACUACUUUGUCCACCUUUGCGGUAGGACAGAUUAAAUUGCGUAACGAGGAAACUCGAUCGGAGAUCAUCCUACAAAAAACUAGGUUAGGAUGGUUAGUAGCUGGAGGUGUAGACCCGCUUACUUCUUCAAAACAAGCUUCAUGUAACAUCGUUAAAGUGGACAAACUUCUCGAACGUUUUUGGCAAAUCGAAGAAUUUCCUAAUGAACCCGUAAGAUCUCGGGAAGAAAUAGCUUGCGAAGAGCAUUACGUCGCUCACACCACUCGUGACCCUGUCUCCGGUCGAUACACGGUUCGCUUACCCUUUAAGGACAACAAGUUUGAGUUAGGUAGUUCUCGAUCACAGGCCCUUCGUCGUUAUUAUUCUCUUGAACGAAGGUUCGAGAAAGAUCCUAAGUUAAAGGCUGACUAUUACAAAGUUAUGGAAGAAUACAUCACUUUAGGUCAUAUGACUCCUAAUGACGACACCGAAGACGGCUGUUAUCUGCCUCAUCAUGUUGUGGUCAAGGAGUCCAGCGAAACCACGCAGUAUAGGGUUGUUUUCGAUGCUUCCUCUAAAACUUCGACAGGCAUUUCGCUUAAUGAUAUUCUCCUUGUGGGUCCCACUAUUCAAAACACCAUCUUCGAGCAAGUUUUACGUUUUCGUAGCCAUCUAUUCGUUGUAACAGCGGACAUCGAAAAGAUGUACCGUCAAAUUCUUGUCCAUCCAGAAGAUCGAAAAUUCCAAAAGGUACUUUGGCCUGAUCCAAAAACAGGAAAAUUGAGAACUUGGGCAUUAAAUACCGUCACUUUUGGCAUGGCUGCUGCCCCUUUCUUAGCAAUACGCACAAUUCAUCAACUCGCUCACGAUGAAGCGAAGGAUUUUCCUCGAGCUAGCAAAUUGCUUAUUCGCGACUUUUACGUCGACGACUUUGUAUCCGGAGCGGAUUCGUUCGAGGAGAUUUUAGCCAUUCGUGACGAAAUGAUUGCGUUGCUGCGUCGAGGCGGUUUUCUGAUUCGAAAAUGGGCAUCGAACCAUCGAUCUAUUUUGGACAAAAUAGAUUCAGGAGUUUUCGAGUUGGAUCACAUGGUCAAAGAGACUCCAAUCCAGAAAACGCUGGGAAUCAUUUGGGAUUCCGAGAAUGACCAAUUAAAAUAUACAGUUGUAAAAAUGGAUAACGAGACUACUGUGACCAAGCGAAGGCUCCUAUCAGAGAUAUCCAAGAUCUUUGAUCCUCUUGGAUUGUUAGGACCAAUUAUCUUGUAUGCUAAGGUAUUAAUGCAAGACUGUUGGAAAUCUAAGGUAAAUUGGGAUGAAUCUCUUUCUCAGGAUGUCUAUACCAAAUGGCAUUCGUUUUCUAUUCAGUUGCCUCUUCUUACGGAAUUCUCAAUUCCUCGCACGAUUUUGAUUGCGAAUCCCAUUAGGAGCGAGCUUCAUGGAUUUUGCGAUGCUUGUAUUUCUGGAUACGGAGCAUGUCUAUUUGUCAAAUCAUCUGACGCUCUUGGACAUGUCUCUAUUCGAUUGCUUUGCAGUAAAUCUAGAGUGGCUUCUCUGAAGGGACUUACCAUUCCUAAGCUAGAACUCAGCGCGGCUGUAGUUCUUCGAAAGCUCCUUUCUGAGUCUAAAUCUCAACUCCAUUUUUCCAUUGAUCAGAUCUACCUUUGGUCCGAUUCAACCAUCGUUCUCUUUUGGUUAAAGAAAUCUCCUCACGUAUUGCAAACUUUCGAGGCUAAUCGGGUAUCGUACAUCCAAUCGUUACCAGACAUCGUGCAUUGGCGACAUGUUAAGUCUGAAGACAAUCCAGCUGACUCACUUUCCAGAGGCCAAUUACCAUCUGAAUUUCUAGCUAAUUCUUUGUGGAAUUCUGGUCCUGAUUGGUUACGUCUUCCCGAAGGAGAAUGGCCUGAAUCAUCCACUCCUUGCUCAUCGGUAACUCUAGGUCUCAAAAGGGCUGGUUGUUUUCUUACCAAGCCUGCAUACAGCGAAAUCUAUUUGCGUUUCUCGAGUUUUGAACGAUUUGUGAGGGUUGUUGCUUUUAUUCUGCGUUGGAAACGAAUCAGAUCUCAAAAGAAACCAGAACGGUUGUUCCCAGAGAUCUCCGAAUCGAAGGAUAGGAUUUCCAAGAUUCUCCAGUUGAUCCGACCAUUGGAGGUCUCUGAAUUAUUAAAUUCAGAAGAUCAAAUCAUAUUCAUGGUUCAAUCCGAAAAUUUUUCAAUUGAAAUUCGUCAAUUGAAAAAAUUUCCCAAUCUCAAAACUUGGUUAGGCAGUUUACAUCCUUUUAUCAAAGACGACAAGUUACUUCGGGUAGGGGGUCGUUUGAAAUUGUCGGAUCUUCCAUACAAUCAAAAACAUCCAGUUUUACUUCCUAGUAAACAUCCGGUUACAGAUAUGAUUAUCCGCCAGGUUCAUCGUGUCAAUCUCCACGCUGGAAUUCAAUCCACUCUUUCUUCCAUCAGAUCGAAGUAUUGGAUUCUCAAUGGAAAAAACCAAGUGCGGAAUGUUGUUAGACAUUGUGUGGAGUGUAUUCGUCAACGGCCAACAAUCGUUCAUGCUCAAAUGGCCGAUCUACCCAAGACUCGAAUAAAUGAAUCGCCAGCUUUCUCUCAUGUAGGAGUAGAUUUCUUUGGUCCAAUCUUAAUCAAAGAAAAAAAGGAUCGAAAUAGGUCGUUCAUCAAAACCUAUGGCUGCGUUUUUGUGUGUCUAGCUUGUAAGGCCGUACAUAUCGAACUGGCGACCGAUCUUUCCUCUGAAGGUUUCAUGGCUGCCUUUGAUCGGUUCAUCAGCCGCAGAGGAGUCCCCGAACAUGUUUAUUCGGACAAUGGCACUAAUUUCGUUGGGGCUAGUAACGAACUUCGUGAAGUUUAUGAUCUUUUUGAAACUCCAGAAUUUCGAAAGACAAUAGGCACUUAUGCCAUUGCCAAACGGAUAGAGUGGCAUUUCAAUCCACCUCUGUCUCCUCAUUUCGGAGGUAUUUGGGAAGCAGCUGUCAAAAGCUUCAAACACCAUCUUAAGCGUGUUCUCAAGGAUCAGAAACUCACUUACGAACAGAUUAACACUCUUCUCAUCCAAAUUGAGGCAAUCCUCAAUUCUCGUCCUCUCUGUUCGCUUUCUACUGACCCCAACGAUCCUGUGUCCAUUACUCCUGCUCAUCUAUUAGUAGGACGUCCAUUCAAUGUCUUACCAGAAAAAUCUGUCUUUUCAGUUCCAGGAAAUCGACUCUCGACGUACAAAUUCCUUACCAAAAUGCGCCAGGACUUCUGGAAUAAAUGGCAUAAGGAGUACCUGCAUGAAUUGCAAACCCGCCAAAAAUGGCAUGACUCUACUGCGGAACUCAUCGUUGGAUCGGUGGUGAUUCUAAUGGACGAUAUCACCUAUUGUUCAAGAUGGCCACUGGGUGUGAUCGUCGAGGUACAUCCUGGGAGUGACGGCAUCGCUCGAGUAGCUUCUGUCAAAACUUCAACCGGCAUCUACAAGCGUGAGUUAUGAGGCAUAUCAUAGCAUUUUGAUCCUCAUCAAUCUCUUCAACGUGCUAUCUUCGAACAAGGCACGGAUGAAGUUCAGUCGGCGUUUAGAUAUGCAGUGGGUCUGCACAACCAGAACACUACGGGUCGUAAAUUUGAAAUACAAGCUGGCAU